AGUGAACAGUGACAUAUUGGGGAUUAAUAAUGUUGGCAGUAGGAAACCGUGACAUUUAAAUGUAAAUAAAAUAGAAACUUCAAAUCAAAGUUAAAGUUUGUCAUAAAUAUGUGUUUAGUGUUGUUUUCGUUAAAGUUUUCGCCGUUUAAAACCGUGUACGUAUAAUCGGUCAUUGGCAUAUAUUGAGAGAAAUGCAAAGGACGUCUCUUAAAGCCAACGAAAUGGGGAAAUUAAAAAGCAGUUCAUAUAAAAUCACAUAAUCUGCCAUCUCCGACGUUUUAUUAGCAUGGACUCUUUGGGCACGGUGCUGUCGUUACAGCAGCCCGAUGCCCUCAACACGUUUUCUAAGAUGUGGUAUCAUGUCUUCCUCUGGGCCCUGUUUUCAUCCAUACUGGUUCACACUAUUGCAGCUCUUAUAGCAUUCCUCACUCUCAGAAAACACAAAUUUGGAAAAUAUUUUCCAAUAGCAAUACUUUUAAUGGGAGUACUAACUCCAGCAGUAACAGGUAUUGUAAGUAGUGCGGCCAUAGCCUUUGUCUACAGGGCUUCAAGUUAUCCAAUGAAUCCCCUGUAUGCGCUGUUUUGGGGCUGCGGCCAAACCUUUAUCAUGGGCUGUAUGGGCUUUACACGAAUACUAGCCACUUUAUAAUUUUAAAUAAAUUGUAAACUCAC